AUUAUACUUCGAUUGCAACGAUGAGCGAAACCAAUGCGAGGAGACUGGAGGCAGGAAUACAACUGGCCGAUGCACAGCCAGGCGAAGAGGUCAUCAUUGCAGGGAUUUCUGGAAGGUUUCCCAACUCGAAUAACGUGGACGAGUUUAGAGAAAAUCUGAUGAACAAAGUGGAUCUCUGCGAUGACGACAGUCGACGUUGGGUGCACACGCAUUCCGAGAUUCCAAAACUCGCGGGGAAGAUCAAUUUGACGGAGAAAUUCGAUCCGGGUUUCUUUGGGGUGCACAGUGCGCAAGCCGAAUGCAUGGACCCUAUGGUGAGGAUGUCCAUGGAGAGAGCAUACGAGGCUUUCAUCGAUGCCGGAAUAUGUCCCGAAGAAGUGAAGGGAUCGAGAACUGGAGUAUUCAUAGGGUCGUGUUACUCGGAAGCGGAGAAAAUAAUCAUUUACGAUCAGCUGAAACCUCAGACCUACGGCUUCUCUGGUUGUUCACGAUCGAUGUUGGCGCAGAGGAUCAGUUACGCUUUCCAAUUGAUCGGUCCAUCUUUGAUCUGCGACACGGCGUGCAGCAGCGGUAUGUAUGCUUUCGAGCAAGCCUACAGAUCCAUACGUGAAGGAAAAUGUGACAUGGCUUUGGUUGGAGGAGCGAAUUUGUGCUACAGCCCUUACGUGACUCUGCAGUUUGCUCGUUUGGGCGUUUUGAACAUGAACACAGGCUGCAGACCCUUCGACGAAAACGCUACCGGUUACACAAGAUCCGAAGCUAUUGUCAUGGUACUUCUGCAGAAAAAGAAGCACGCCAAAAGAAUAUACGCUGAGGUUGUACAUUGUAAAGUGAACGUCGAUGGUUACAAGGAGCAAGGAAUCACGUAUCCUUCCGGUGAAGUUCAGACGUCACUUCUUAGAGAUCUUUACGAGGAGUGCAAAGUUUCACCAACUACAGUGGCUUUUGUAGAAGCUCACGGAACAGGGACAAAAGUCGGAGAUCCUGAGGAAUUGAACGCCAUCGACAACUUCUUUUGCACAGGCAGAAAAAAUCCCUUGCUUAUUGGAUCUGUGAAAGGAAAUAUAGGUCAUUCAGAACCGGCCUCGGGUCUUUGCUCCAUCGUUAAAGUCAUAUAUGCAAUGGAAACUGGUAUAAUACCACCGAACAUUCAUUGUGAAAACCCGAAGAAAGACAUCAAUGGCUUGGAAACUGGUAGAAUUCACGUGAUCACGGAGAAAACGCCGUGGCCAAAGAUCAGUAAUCUGGCUGCUUUGAAUUGCUUCGGUUUCGGUGGUGCCAAUUCUCAUAUCCUCUUGAAGAGACACGAAAAUACAAAGUUGAGACCCGAAGACCAUCAAAUUAGACUGGUGUGCUAUAGCGGAAGAACGGAAGAAUCUAUGCAAAGUUAUAGGGAUUUCUUUAAAAACAGGAAACUCGACUACGAUUCAAUCGCAUUGUUCCACUCUGCUUUCCGUAAAAACAUUUCGAACAAUAUUUAUCGAGGAUUCUCGUUGAUCUCGGAAAAUGGUGAACUGCAUAGUUCUUACACCCACGUGUUUGAUCAAAAGGAGCUUCACCUAUUCUUGAGCGGUUCAAGGCUUUACCACAUUGAAGUCUUGAAGGAGAUGGAAAAAUUCACAUUCUUCGCAAAUUUAAUAAACGAGUAUAAAGAAGCGUUGAAGAGGAACCAAAUUUCUGAAGAUAUUUAUAAAAAGGGAACGAACGUCGUGUUUGCAACUGUGUGUUUGCAUUAUUGUCUAAUAAAGAUGUUGAAUAGUUUGAAUAUUCCAUUGGUAACAGUCGCCAGUUCGUCUUUAGGUGAAUUCACGGCUGCUUAUGCUGCUGGCGUUUUAAGUUUGGAUGAAGUUAUCUUGGGAGUGAAGGGAAUCAAUAAGAUUUUAGCGGAAAGUAAGAUGAUGGAAGCGGAUUUGCCGAGGAAGCUGUUGCAGGAGUUGAAGGAAGUGUUGCCGAGAAAGGUAACAAAGAAAACUAUGGUUCAGAAGCCGAAGAGUAAUGGAUUUGAUUACGCUACCGCUGAGUACUUUGUCUACAAUAUAUUGAAUCCAUCAGUUGUGAAAGAGUAUAGAUGGGAUAAAGAAGCAUUGGUAAUAGGCGUAGAUUUCGAUAUUAAUCAAACGUCUGUGCAAGUGCAUCAGCUAAUUCACGAUAAAAUGAAGCUGAAGGAUAUGUUGAUAAACUUGGGACAGUUGUAUCUUUUGGGAGUUGACGGUGAUUGGAGUAAAUUAUAUCCUGCAAUUAAAUGGCCGGUCAAGCAAGGAACUUCGAUGCUCUCGCCUCUGGUAAAGUGGAAUCACGACGUAAACUUGUUAAUUCCGACUCCAGAAAUGUGUACCAAGGAUCCAGAACAACACACUUUCAUCAACAUUAUGAAUAUCGAUUCGUCGUUUUAUAAAGGACACGUCAUAGAUGGAAGGACCUUAUUCCCUGCCACAGGUUAUCUUUACCACAUAUGGGAGUUAUACGCUUUGAUCGGUGGAGUUCUUCCCGAAAACCAGAAGAUCUGCUUUGAGAAAGUGAAGUUUCAUAGGGCCACGACUUUUUCAAAAGAUGGCAUUAUAAACUUGUAUCUGGUGAUUCACGUAAGCGGGCAUUUUGAGGUGUCCGAAAACAACACCACUGUUGUCACCGGAAGAAUAUUUGAUGUGGACAAUACCGAUAUCGCAUACGAAGGUAAACCCAAUGACCCGAACUUGCCGCUGCUGAAGCAAAAAGACAUCUACAAAGAACUCAAGUUGAGAGGCUAUAAUUACAAAGGACACUUCAAAGCGCUCCAUGAAGUUUGUGGCAACAACGGCCUAAUCGAAUGGACAGGAAACUGGAUUACGUUCUUGGACAACAUGCUGCAACUUUUCAUAGUCCAAAAAGACUCGAGGAGUUUAUACGUUCCGACCGGUCUUGAUCGACUGGUCAUAGACGCCAAAGCUCACGUAGCUGAAGCCGAGACUUUAGGAGAACAACAGUUAAUACCUGUCGAAUUAGCGUUGGAUGGAAAAAUUGCAAGGACCAAGCACAUCGAAAUUAGAUCGAUGAAUGCGAACGCAAUUUUACGAAAAAAAACUACCUACAGUCCAGUUCUUGAAACGUACAAAUUCAUCCCAAACGAUAUUCAAGUGGGAAUAGAGGAUUCUCUAAGAAUAAACGUUCACAUCGUUCUCGAAAAUAAAUCAUCAAUGCAUGUAAAAGUCGUUGAGAAAUUUGAUGAGAACUCAUCAAAACUUCAACCUCUCAGCGAACAUGUUUUAAAUAUUUUAGGUGAUCUACCAUUGAUCCAACCGGAUUUGCAUAUCGUUACCGAUAGAUCUGUGGAUGAGAUCAAAGGUAUUCAAGUCUCUGAGAAUUUUCCGGAUCAGAAUAAUUCGCAGAUUUACAUCGGUUCAAAUUUGAUGGGAGAUGCCCAAUGCAUACAAGAGGCCUUAACAAGAAUCUUGGAUGAUGGUUAUAUAAUAUCCAUCGAUGAUACUGCUGCUUCGGCUCCGGAAGGUUUGACAAUUCUGACGAAGCACCAGUUACCUUCUGGGGAAUACGUGCAUCUCUUAAAGAAAAGCGGAAAGCAAGUGGAACGCUUUUGCUUGAAAGUGAUCGACGAUUUUGGAAGCUGGAUUCCAACGUUACAAUCUCAUAUCAAUUCCGGAAAAAACGUAUUGUUAUACUCAGAAAAUGAUCAAACAAACGGUAUUCUCGGUUUAGUGAAUUGCCUGAGGCGCGAAGCAAAUGGUAAAAAUAUUUCUUGCGUUUUCGUGCAGGAAGGAAACGGUUUCGAUCUUGAAAACGAUUUCUUUAAGACGCAAUUGGAGAAGGGCAUGGCUAUAAAUGUGCUUCGAGGAAACAUCUGGGGCACCUAUAGACACGUACUCCUAAACGAAGAGUCAAAGACUGAUAGCAACAACUGUGAUCAUUACUACGCUAAAAUUAUGACAUUAGGUGAUCUAUCCUCGCCUUGGAGAUGGGUGCAAGGUCCGCACACCAAGCAAGACCUGUUAAAAAAUAAUAACUUAAUUCAGGUGUCUUACUCGGCUAUUAACUUUAGAGAUGUAAUGGUGGCUUCCGGAAAAGUGCCGGUCGAUGCUGUAACAACCAAAAGAGUUGCCCAAGAUCGUAUUUUGGGCUUCGAAUUCUCCGGUAAAAGAUUAAGCGGGGAAAGAGUUAUGAGUUUGCUGACUGGUGGUGCAAUAUCUAACUUAGUUGAAUGUGAUCCUAACCUGACGUGGAGAGUCCCAGACGAUUGGAGUUUGGAGGAGGCGGCGACAGUUCCUGUGGUAUACGUAACUGUUAUCGUAGCAAUGAAAUUGAAAGGAAAAGUAAAGCGUGGUGAUUCAAUUCUGAUCCAUUCGGGAACUGGAGGCGUGGGCCAGGCUGCAAUAAAUUACGCCCACUACUGGGGUUGUGACAUCUUCGUGACGGUUGGAACGAAAGAGAAGAGGGAAUUCUUGCUCAAGCACUACCCGUUCAUCAAGGAAUCGCACAUAGGUAAUUCGAGGGACACCACCUACGAGCAAAUGGUCCUGAAGGAAACGCAAGGACGGGGCGUCGAUCUCGUCCUGAACUCUUUGGCAGAAGAGAAACUCGCCGCUUCUGUGCGUUGUUUAGCUCAGGGCGGUCGCUUCUUGGAGAUCGGCAAGUUCGACUUGGCGAGCAACAAUCAAUUGGCUUUAAAUUUGAUGGCAAAAGGAUGCACCUUCCAUGGCAUUAUGUUGGAUGUGAUGAUGAAUAACCCGGGAAAUUUGCAAUCAGAAAUAUACAACGACAUGGUGUUUGGACUGAAAGCGGGAUUCAUUAAACCUCUGAUUAGAACUGUAUUCAAGAAGUCUCAAUUGGCGGAGUCUUUUAAGUUCAUGUCUACCGGUAAACAUAUGGGUAAAGUUCUCAUUAAAAUCCAAGACGACGAAGAUACGAUAGAGAAGAACUUUAUUUUCUCCAGAUUCUAUUGCGAACCAAAUGGAUCUUACAUAAUACUUGGAGGUUUAGGAGGAUUCGGCUUGGAAUUGGCGGAUUGGUUGGUGCUGCGCGGCGCGAAAACGUUAAUUCUAUCAUCAAGAAACGGAGUUUGCACUGGUUAUCAAAGUCACAGGAUUAAGGUUUGGAAAUCGUACGGUGUUAAAGUUAUCAUUGCUUUAGAUGAUAUUGCUACGUACGAAGGUUGCGAAACACUGAUGAGGAGAGCAGAAGAUGUAGCUCCGGUCCGAGCCUUUUUCAAUUUAGCCGUAGUUCUUAAAGAUGCUGUAUUCGAUAAUCAGACUGUCGAUAACUUUAAAAUUUCGAUGUCCCCCAAAGCCACAGCCACCAAACACUUUGAUAAGAUCACGCGUGGUUCGAAGAGUUUGAAGCAUUUCGUGGUGUUCUCAUCGGUUUCUUGUGGAAGAGGUAACGCAGGGCAAAGCAAUUACGGUAUGUCCAAUUCGGUGAUGGAACGCGUCUGCGAGAUGCGUCGCAAAGACGGCUUUCCUGCUGUCGCGAUACAGUGGGGAGCUGUUGGCGAUGUGGGCUUGGUGGCCGACAUGCAGAAAGAUCAAAGCGAGAUCGCCAUUGGUGGUACUCUUCAGCAGAGGAUCUCCAACUGCUUAGAUGUCAUGGACGGAUUCCUGUACCACGAUGAAGCCAUAGUUUCGAGCAUGGUCGUGGCGGAGAAGAGCGGUUCGGGAAACGCUGAUAAUCUGGUCGAUGCGGUUAUUGAUAUCAUUGGUUUGAGAGAUUUGAAGACGAUUAGUUUGCACAGCACUUUAGCAGAACUGGGUAUGGAUUCGAUGAUGGCCGUGGAGAUUAAGCAAUGCUUGGAAAGGGAAUACGAUAUCUUCUUGUCGGCGCAGGAUAUGAGAAGUUUAACAUUUGCCAAAUUAAUAGAAAUGAAUGAUACGAAGAGUGCCAGUGUCAUUGUUAACGAGGCAAACAUUUUUGAUUCUUUCGGAAUGCUUUUGGAUAAAUUCUUAGAUGUUGAGAAUAUGAACGUACCAUUGAUUCAGUACAAGGACGCAAUGGAAAGCGAUGAUUUUAUUAUCGUUUUUCCGGGCGUUGAAAGUACCUAUAUGGGAAUGCGUGUAAUAAAUAAUAACAUGGAAAAACCAUCUAUCUGCGUGCAAUACACUUCUCAAAUCGAUAUCACCGAUGUCGACGUAUUAGUGGAUAAAAUACUCCAAGAUUUUGGUGAUAAAAUAACCAAAGCUAAGAACUUCAAAUUCGUGGCUCACUCAUUCGGAAGCAUGGUAGCUUUGAAACUGGCCCAUCGAUUAGAAGCUCUUGGUCAAGUUGGUAAAAUAGUCCUAAUAGAUGGUUCACCGGAGCUGAUGGACCACUUCUUCAAACUCCUCUGUGCAACAAGCGACAAUCAACUGGAAACAGCCGUCAUCUUAUCAUUAAUGCCUAUGUUUACAACUCAAGAAACCAUCGCCAAAUUAUCGGAAUCAAUUUUGGCUGCGAAAGAUUAUCAAGCACGACAAGAGUUGGCUGCGAGUGCAAUACCAAAGGAUUCGCCAAUCACCAAAGAAGUCGCUUUUAAAAUGGGACAGUUAAUCUUGAAUAUAGUCAAAUCUAUAUUGAACUACAAGAAUUUCCAAGAUAAAUUAAAGUCUGAAGUGGUGCUUUUCAAACCAACAGUGGCUAUUAUCAAUGACAUCGCUGAAGACUACAAUCUGAACGCGUUGUGCGAGAAUACAGUUAGAAUCGUUACAUUUGAUGGUGAUCAUCGGACCAUACUGAGUAACAGUAGCAUGCACAAAGAACUGAACAAUAUUUUCUAAGCUGCUUCUAUGAAUAACAGUGUUGGGAGUGUUGGGAAGUAUUAUUAUUUAUUUUAGUCCUUUGCAGCAGUUAACUUGUUUUUUUUUAAUAUUUAUA